UCCUCCCUGAGCGGGAUGCCAGGCGGUGGGGGCCGCGGGUCGGGUACCCCCUUACCGGGCGGGGCGGGGCGGCGACAGCAACUGGUCCCAGCUCCCGGUGACGGCGGCGCUCGCUCAGGCGCAAACUUGUCGCUGGCGCCCAGGGCCCCCGCCCCGCCCCGCCCGGGCCGGCCGCGCGGGGAGUGCGCAGGUCCGCGCCGCACGUGGCCGCCGAGCCUGCGCCGCGCUCCGGGGCCGUCACCGCCUCUGCCCCAUGCUCGGCCGGUGCGUCUGCGCCGCGCGGGCUGCCAGCAGAUGUCUUCAUCUAAGGAACAGUUGCUGGUGCUGCUAACACACUUCCCACUCAGCAGUUCUCACAGUCCCCCUGACUGUUCUCACUUCAACCUUUCCUGGAUUGGGUUGAACAGGUUCUUCUUUAUUCUUGUUUCUGUUCCAAAAGCUGGUGGCCAAAGGCUUUUGCUGAGAAUGACUUUAGGAACAGAAAUCACUACCCAAAGCAAGGUCUCUUCAUAUGUAACAGCAGACCGAAACCUUUUGAAAUGGGAUCUGUCACCAGAACAAAUUAGAACAAGGACAGAAGAACUGAUCAGGAAAACAAAGCAAGUGUAUGACCAUGUUGCAAUGCUUGAUAUGGAAAAAGUAACAUAUGGAAACACAAUCCAGGCUUUGGCAGAUAUAGAAGUGGAAUAUGCAGUGGAAAGAAGCAUGUUGGAUUUUCCACAGCAUGUCUCAUCCAACAAGGAAGUACGCUUAGCAAGCACAGAAGCUGACAAAAAGCUUUCUCAUUUUGAUGUGGAGAUGAGCAUGAGAGAAGAUGUGUUUCGGAAGAUUGUUUAUUUACAGCAAACAUACGAUCUUGAAAAUGUAAAGCCUGAAGCUAAGAGAUAUUUAGAUAAGUCGAUUAAAAUGGGAAAAAGAAAUGGACUCCAUCUUCCAAAAGAAGUGCAAAAUGAAAUAAAGACGAUGAAGAAAAAAUUAAGUGAGCUAUGUAUAGAUUUCAACAAAAACCUCAAUGAAGAAAACACAUUUCUUAUAUUUUCUAAGGAUGAACUUGAAGGCCUUCCUGAUGACUUCAUCAAUAGCUUAGAAAUGAUAGAGGAUGAGUAUAAAGUUACCUUAAAGUAUCCCCACUAUUUUCCUGUUAUGAAGAAGUGCUGUAUUCCAGAAACCAGAAGAAAAAUGGAAUCUGCUUUUAAUACGAGAUGCAAAGAGGAAAACACUAAAAUUCUUCAGCAGUUGCUUCCCUUAAGGGCAAAAGUAGCAGAGCUUCUUGGCUACAACACACAUGCCAACUUUGUACUGGAGAUGAACACUGCAAAGAGCACAGAUAAUGUAACAACCUUUCUAGAUGAUUUAAGUAAAAAGCUAAAGCCUUUGUCUGAGGAGGAGAGAGAGUUUAUUCUGGAUGUGAAGAAAAACGAGUGUAAAGAAAUGGGUUUUGAGUAUGAUGGAAGAAUCAAUGCAUGGGAUCUACAUUAUUAUAUGAUCAAGACAGAAGAGCUUAAGUACUCCAUAGAUCAGGAGAAAUUGAAGGAAUAUUUUCCAAUCGAGGCUGUUACAGAUGGCCUAUUGAAUAUAUACCAGGAGCUGCUGGGACUUGAAUUUGAGCAGGUAGACAAUGCUUGUGUUUGGCAUGAGAGUGUCACUCUUUACACAGUAAAGGACAGAUCAACGGGAGAAGUUUUAGGGCAGUUCUACUUGGACCUCUAUCCCAGAGAGGGGAAGUAUGGUCAUGCAGCAUGCUUUGGUCUCCAGCCUGGCUGCCUUCUCUCUGAUGGCAGCAGAAUGAUGUCUGUAGCUGCUCUGGUGACAAACUUUUCAGAACCAACUUCAGAUCGCCCAUCAUUGCUGAGACAUGAUGAGGUGAAAACUUACUUCCAUGAAUUUGGCCAUGUAAUGCAUCAGAUAUGUGCACAGACUGACUUUGCAAGGUUUAGUGGAACUAAUGUGGAAACAGACUUUGUAGAGGUUCCUUCACAGAUGUUUGAGAACUGGGUGUGGGAAAAAGAACCAUUACAACAAAUGUCGAAGCAUUAUAAAGAUGGGAGCCAUGUUUCAGACGCCCUCCUUGAAAAACUUGCUGCCUCUAGACUGGCUAAUACAGGUCUUUUAACCCUUCGUCAGAUUGUCUUGAGCAAAGUCGACCAGUCUCUUCACACAAAGCCUUCCCUUGACCCAGCAGAUGAGUAUGCUAAGUAUUGCGUGGAGAUUUUAGGAAUUCCUGCAACUCCAGGAACAAGCAUGCCAGCUACUUUUGGACAUUUAGCAGGUGGCUAUGAUGGCCAGUACUAUGGAUACCUCUGGAGUGAAGUUUUUUCCAUGGAUAUUUUUUAUAGCUGCUUUAAACAAGAAGGAAUAAUGAAUCCAAAGGCUGGAAUGAAAUACAGAAAUCUUAUCUUGAAACCUGGAGGAUCUUUGGAUGGGAUGGAUAUGCUCUACAAUUUCUUGGGGCGUAAACCAAACCAGAAAGCUUUCCUGUUGAGUAAAGGCUUAUAUAUUCAGUAAAACUGUAGAUCCUUCACAAUGGCAUAUGAACAGGAUGGGAACUUGAAAUGGCAAUCUAGUUCAUGCCAUUCUGUGACAUGAUAUCACAUCAUAGGAAAACAAAUCACUUUUAGGGUUUUUAAUUAUUAUUAUAUAAAUAAUGUGUUUUUAAGUAACAGCUACAAAAGCCAAUGCUUUGGAAGAACAAGUUCCAAGAUACUGUGUUGAAGUUAAAACAUUUUACAGGUUGUUUUUUUAUUUGUGAAAUGUUGUGAAAUGAAAGUGACUGGGAAAAACACACCUUUGAAUCUCUCUUUUUUUAAAAAGACAUGUUUGGAUUAUGCUUUGUGAAUAAAUUUGAACUAUUAGAAAGAAAUACAAUGUCUGCUAUUAAGAAUCUGAUUCAUUUUUAUUCUACAGUUUCUAUAUUAUACUUUUAACUUGCUAAAUUAAAUGUAAACCUUUUUACUAUGACUUGAAUCUACUUUUCCAGGAACAAGAUUCAAAAUUAAAACCCAUGGGGAGAUCUUUUGCUUCUUGGGGUAUUGUGAACUUGAGAUGUGUGCAUGACUUAUACCUUUACCUUUUAUUCUGAUGUAUGUUUAACUCUCAUUAUGUAUCAUGUGAUUUUAAAAAUUUGCUCUCUCCUAAUUUGACUCGUAGCCCUAAGAACUCUGGGUUGGGAGAAAGAGCCAAGUUCUUUGCAGAAUGGUGCAAUUGCAAUAAUUUCAGCUGUUCUAUAAAAUUGUUCUUACAUUAGGGGAAAUAAUUUAUGUCCAAAGUAAGCCAUAGUAAGUGAAGAAAGAUGGUCCAAAAAUGCUAACCAUGUGUUCUUAUUAGUUAUUUUCAAUGUGGCAACCCAAAGAUGGUCCAAUAAAAAUUAUGGAAAUAAUCAUUACCUCUAAUGAUGAAGAGUGUGACUGAAAGCCUGUCCAAAGAUUACUUGAUAGUUUUCUACGAGAUGGGAAAAAACACUGCACAGUUUACCUAAAUAAAACUGUGGGACCAUAUGCACUUGUGGCUUAUUUAGAGCCUGUGUUCUUAAUUUUCAAACCAGGCAGUUGUGAUAUAUUACUACAUGCCUGUGAACAUAGCUUCUUGUUACCAGUUCAGGCUUUUUAUAGAUUCUGACCAGAUCGGUCUAAUCGAUUAAUAUUUUUUUUUCUGAUUAAAUUGAAAAAAACAACACAAAUUUGUUUCUUAUCAACCCAAGUUUUUUAUUAUUAUUUCUUUUCUUUUUUCCCUUUAAGCUAAUUGAAAUCAAGUCAGAAAAUGUUUUUCAAUAAUAUUUAAGAUUUUAUUUUAUAUGAACACUUGUUUCAUUUUGAUUUUACUUAAUUUAAACUGAAGUAAAUUUAGUAACAAAUGCCAUUUCAAAAUGACAAAUUGACAUAUUUAAUUAGAAAAAUAUGCUAAUUCACAAAUUGCUAUCAACAUGAACCUGUAUUUCUUCUGGCAAGAAGAUUGCAACUGAAAAAUUUCACUUAGUUCAAAGUUGAACGUUCCUUUGCUAGAACAGAAGAAAGUUGAGGCAUGAAGGAUUUUACAGAGUUCUCCAAUGUAGGUGUCUGAGACAGAAAAGGAAGAUUUUGAGAGGGAACAAAUUGAAGCCACAUCAACCAUGAGGAGACAAAAAAGAAAAAUUUCAGUUUGAAUAUAGAUCGUUUCUGAAAAAAAUUAAAGGUUACAUUUGUAUCAUUUAAGAUUCCCAUUUGUAACCCUGGGCGUGACACUACAUGCACCCUCACGUGAAUAAUGGGAUCCUGGGGUACCCGGUAGCCAGCAGCCCUGCCCAGCCCCCCUGGGAAGCUGCUGCAGUGCCCCCGAGCAGAGAGCCUCCCCUUACAAUCAAGCACCCUUGCAGACAGUUUUCAAACUAUUUACAAGAUUUAAUUAUUUACAACAUAACAAAUAAUCAUUAAAUAAGCACAUGGAUAUACUGACUAAUAAACCCUCAAGAACUUAUUUACACAGUCUCUCACUUGCACAUGGUGUUCUGGGGAUCCCGUGUGCACUGCCCCUGGCGGGGAGCGGGACUGUCUGUAUCCCUGCCUGUGGUCUGUGGAUGCUUCCUGGCACUGGUGCCCGUCACCGUGUUCCUGGGGUCUCCGGGCAGCAAGCGGCAGCUCCUCUGCAUUCCUGCAAGACAGCCUUCCCCUGCCUUUGCCCCCCUUCCCUCGUUGUGCUGUGAGCAGUCUGGGCUGCAGGCUGUAGCAAGCCUCCAGCCCCACACAGCCUCACAGCCCUGGCAACUGCAGCCCCUCCCUGGACUUUGCCUGCCCCUGGGACCCCUCACCCAUCACGGAAACUAGGGCAGACUCCAGCAGUCCCCACCCCGGCUCUGCUGUGCUCACCCAGCCACACCGCUGCAGUCAGGUCUCUCCAGACUUGGGUUCUCCACACCAGCAGUCCCUGCCUGCUCCUGCUGCUGCAGCUUCUCCACUCUGCUCCUGCAGGCCUCUCCCAGGGGCUCUCCGAGGGACCACUGCACUGAGACUCUGAAUCCGCUCUCCAGCCUGUCCCUCAGCCCCCUCUCUUUCUUGCUCCCCCCCGCGCGGGAAAAACUGCUCCCCCUUUUAUCCAAGCCUCUCAGCCCAUCCCAGCUCAGGGCCCUUCCCGGGCUUUUGCUAAGGGCUCCCUUUCAAAACUUUGCUGGGGUUACAUCACCCCUCCCACUUCCAACCGGGCUGCUCCCAAACAGCUUCACUUGCCCUCAGAGCCUAUGGUGUCCCCUCUGGGACAAACUCUGUCUCUCUGCCAGGCAGCUCUUCCCAUUCUGUUCAGGUGGGUCCAUUUUUUAAAGGCUGCUACACAUUCAAAUGAUAAUUUGGCAAAUAUAAUGCAGUUAGUUAUGAACUGAUUAAAAGAUGUUAGUCCUCUUCUGUCUCAUACAAAAUAAAUCUACAGGAAUCCAAAAUGACAAAAAGGAAAGUCUCGAUCAUGUGGCCUAAGCAUAAGUAUACUAUUUUGAAAUAUUGAGCGCACUAAAGAUAAAUGUGUCAGGCAGCCAAGAUUUUAAAGCUGGGACGAUCAAAACCGGCUUUCCCAUGUUCUUUGAGAAUUUACUAUAAGGUGGUUGUAAGAGUAAUGUUACUGUAAAUAUAUGAUUGAUACAUUAUCAGUUUUUUCCAAAUUAACAUGUAAUUUUUGAUUGACUAUCUUUAAAUCUGGCAAUUAUAUAAACAAAGCAUAGAACUACCAAGUCUUUUUACAGCAGGUGACUAAUCUGUAAAAUGUAUGGUAAAGUUAAAAACUAAUACAGACUUUCACUGCCUGUUACAACUUUAGGCUCUGAUCUUGCAGUGUAAUGAACUUGCACAAAUCUUUGCAUAUGCAUGCAGAUCUGUAUGUAAGAGACAUGUGAAUAGUAUUCAAAAGCAUAAUAAUAAUAGAGGCACCUUGAAAAAAGCUAAUUCUUCAUAAGAAAACAAUGCAACUCUUGCAAAUAUUGAAUUCUGUAUAGAUUAAUUUCUACUAAAGUCUGACAGGAUCUGGGUCAAAGUAUUUUGCUUAUAUCUCUUUUCAAAAAGUUACUUUGACUAAGAUAGUGGAAAUUUUGAAAUAGGUGCCAUAGUAAAAGUUCAUAUGAAAAGAAGAUAGAAAAAGCAGCUGUGCAAUGAUCCUUGUCCACAGUGAAUUCCCAAGUCUCUGAACAACAGAAAGGCUAUCAAAAGACAAAAUUUGACUUCUGUUUUAUAUCUGCUAGAAACAUUUCCACAUGAGGGAGACCUUUCUCUGUAUAAAUCAAAGAGAUUUCAGCAUAGGGAAUGUAUGAAAGCAAUGCUUUUAAACAAAAACUAUGUCUAUGAUAAAGUUAAUGCAUGAAGAAAAGUGGUCUAAUGUUUAAAUAUUAAAACAGAUUGCUGAGGA